GCUUGUAUUUUUGCUCUGCUUUUAAAAGCAGGAAUUCCUCUUGGGAUAAAGAGAAGUUCCAAUCAACCAACAUGGCCGAAGAUGAGAAAAAGCUCUUGAUUGAAUAUAACAAGAUGAGGGACCCUGGAUGCUUGUUGGAAGGAAAGAACGAAACAGCCUGGCUCAGGCCUCAGAGGAGACAUUAUCCCAAUGCUAACCGCAAUUCGGCAGAGAUGUUUAAAACAGUGAAGCAUGAGUACAUCAGUGACAGGGCCUCCUGGAUAACAAUAGCCCCUCCUGAAAAUAAGGAAAAGAGGCAUUUCCCAGAAAAAAGUAAGCUAAUUUGUAAUAUACCGGUAGUGUGA